CGUCACUUCUAGCUGUCUCUGGACUGUUUGCUCUUUCUCUGUCUCUUCCAUUUAAACUUGGAACAACUGUGGGAAUGUGACAUGCACGUUCAACAUCACAUUCAAACAUUAUGACGUUCUACCGUUUGCAAUAUACACACUGAAGCUAUGCUCUUGCACUUGCAGCUGUAGUCUCUCUCUUCUUCCAUUUUCCGCCAUGGAAGCUCGCCUCGACUACGCUUUGUUUCAGCUAACUCCAACUCGAACCAGAUGUGACUUGGUGAUCUUCUAUGGAGGCAAAUCUGAAAAACUAGCAUCUGGGUUGUUCCAACCUUUUGUUUCGCACCUCAAAUAUGUAAAAGAUGAGAUUUCCAGAGCUGGGUAUUCCAUUACUCUUCGCCCACCCACCCAAAUGGCACCCUGGUUCACCAAAUCCACAUUUCAAAGAUUUGUGCGGUUUGUUAGCACCCCAGCAGUUCUGGAGAGGUUUGUCAGUAUUGAAAAGGAGAUUUUGCAGAUUGAGAGUUCAGUUCAACUGGAGGAAGGAGUUGUCUCUGCUAAUCAGAGUACAAGGAAGUCAACUGGUUCUUUGAAGAAAAGAGGUGAACUUGAAGAAGCAGGGGAUGUAGAAAAUGAAAACUCCAAGGUUUACCUUCGACGCCUUCUGGAAACUCGAGUGGCAUUGCUUCGGAAACAGCAAGCAAUGGCUUAUGCGCGUGGCCUUGUUGCUGGUUUUGAGAUCUACAAUAUGGAUGAUGUCAUUUCUUUUUCAGAUGCAUUUGGAGCUUCACGCUUAAGGGAAGCAUGCAUUAACUUCAAGGAAUUAUACAAGCAAAAGCACACAGAUGGUUUAUGGAUACAAGAAGUAGCAGCAGUAGUGGCCUGUUCAUCAUCAGAUCUGCAAUUCACAGGAGCGUCUGAAAUUACACUUACAAAUGAGCCAGAGGUCACUAAUCAAAAUGUUAUGCCGAAUCAGAAUCCUCAGUACUUUUAUGGUUCACUAGGCCAUUCAAACCAAUUGCCUCCGUAUCAUGGAUAUCCUUUCCCUACUAUGCAGUCUUUUCCUCCUCAUUAUCCAAGGAACAUGCAAUGGCCUCCCAGCAUGGAUGAAGCAAACUGUGGUCGGGAACUGAAUUAUCAUAGGACUCAAAAGUCAUCUUCAAGAAGAAAGAAGAAGAAUAAAACACAAACUAAAUACUCAGGGGAAGGCAACCAAACUGAGUCCAGUGACUCCACUUCUGCGACUGAUUCUGAUUCAGAGACACUUCAAGAGAGAAAGCAUUCUGAUAUGGAGAAUUCAUCCAAAAAGAAGUUUAAGAAGAAAUCCUCGCGGAAAGUGGUCAUUGAAAACAUCAACUACAUCACACCCAAGAGGAGGGAUGGGAAUAAAGACGGAGUUUCUGAUGAAUCUUUUUCGGAUGAGAAGACUGAGAAAGCAGAAGUAUUGGAGAUAUCCCAUGAGUCACACUCACAAGAAAGAGGCGUAGAGAAGAGUCACUCUAUGUUUAAUGGAUCAAGUAGUGAGGAUUUGACUGUUCAGGCUGUAGUCGCCAUUGAUGUUCAAGAUGGACAUUUUAUAGCGAGGUCUGAAGGUGGUAAUUCAUUAGCAGAAAGGCCUACUUUGGGGCUCAAUUUCGAGAGAACUCCAAAUAAACUAACAGUUUCAGCUGCAGCUGAUCCUUUGGUUGCGAUGGAGAGGAAUGGAACAAAUGACCAUGGAGUUAAAUUGGAAGAUUUUCGGAAUGAAGAAAAUUUCAGUUCAGUUAUGGAGAGAAAAGAUUGUGCAGCUGAGGACAUAUUACUUUUACAGAGAUCGGUAACAUCAGAAACUGAAAAUAGGUCUGCGUUUUCUGCUUCUGCUGCUGAGUCUACUGUAACCAGGGGUUCGAGGGGAGAAGAUUGGUUUGUCGUCAAUCAUUCAGAAAGUACAGAAGACCAGAAAGUACCAAUGAAGCAAACAGUUUUUAAUGGUGAUUGCAUCUUUGCAUUGGAGAGAAAAAGCAAUAUGUGCGUAGAUGAUUCUUUCUUUAUACAGUCUCGAUCAGCAGUUGAUGAUAUGUAUGAAUCUCCAUGGAAAACAGAAAUAAGCAUGGUUAACGAUCUGAGUUUAGCUGCCCAGAAGGAAAAUGGAGUUAUAGAUAUUCCACAGACUCGAACAUCUGAGCCAGAUGACCUUUGCAUGAUUCUUGAAAGGGAUUCCAACUUGGAGUCUGCUGAAAUUUCUUGGACUAUAGACUAUGGAGCAGACAUUUCAUUUACUGAGGCAAAUAGAAGAUCUUCUGGUGUUGAGACAGCUGAUGGCGUGGAUAAGAAGCCUGCUUCGAAUGGUGUGGACACCAAUGUGAAGAGCAAUAAAGUUCCUGGAGCAAAAGAACGCGGUAAAGAAGCAAAGUCUAGCAUCGUACGGAGAUCCCUAGUUAACAACAGACCUGAUAUCAAAAGCAAGAAAGUAUUUCCUGCAAGAGGGCCUAUAAUACAAAAGAGCAAAUUCGAGAAGGAAGAAGAAAUUCGGCAAAAGAUGGAGGAAAUGCGGAUAGAACGCCAAAAGCGAAUUGCUGAGAAAACUGCAGCGGCUGGCUUUUCUCCGAUAGCACCCAAAAGAGCUUCAUUAGAAGGCAAAACAGAAAAGGGCUCCCCCAUUAAGAGUGACAAGAGUAAACUUCAACCUACCAAGAGAACUCUGAAUCUGUAAAUGGAUACAAAGCAGUUGAGCCCAUGAGUUCUUCAAACUGCAAUAUAUAUUUGUUCAUAGUUAUAAUCUGUUUGUAUAAUAGCCCCAGCUAUAUAUUUUCAUACAGAUACACCUUAGGCAUGACGCCUCUACUUUUUGCUUCUCUAUUUAAUGGAUGCUGAGUUUGGCAAUUUGGAAUAUAUGAGUUGUUUUGAACUAUUAAAAA